ACCGUCGGAGACAGCUGCCGGCGCUGUGAGAUGGCGGUGCAUGCUCCCGGUGCCCUGUUUUCCUCACGACGUAUCCAGUGAAAUUUAACAUGCAGAAUCCGCCAGCUCCUUUCACGUCCGCUCUGCACCUUGCCCUCGACCCUGAUCUCUUCUCAGCCGAUCCCAUCAGGCCCUGGGCUGCCGACCUUCUCCGCAACUGCGCACGCGCCUUCUCCGAGAGAGACUCUGCCAACCUGCAGCGCUUCCUCUGGAUGCUCAACGAGCUCGCCUCCCCUUACGGCGACCGCGAGCAGCGCCUCGCCUACGCUUUCCUCCAGGCCCUAUUCUGUUGCGCCACCGCCUCCGGCGACCAUUUCUACAACACCUCCCUCGCCGUUGCCGAACGCGCCAUCUCCUUCGCCUCCACCAGACGCCUCGCUCUCAAAUUCCAGGAGGCGGCCCCCUGGACCACCUUCGGCCACGUCGCAGCCAACGGCGCCCUCCUACAUGCCCUCGACGCCGUGCCCGCCAUCCACAUCGUCGACGUCAGCGACACCUUUUGCACCCAGUGGCCUACGCUCCUGGAGGCCCUCGCCUCGCGCGCCGACACCGACGCCCCGCGCGUCCGACUCACCGUCGUCGCCUCCGCCGCCUCCGCCGGCGUCAUGUCCGAGAUCGGAGUGCGAAUCGAGAAGUUCGCGCGGCUGAUGGGCGUGUCGCUCGAAUUCCGCGCCGUCGUCGCCCCCGCGUCUCCCCGCUUCGCCGAUGCUCUCCGCCCCGAGGAGCUCGAUCUCCGCGACGGGGAGACCGUCGCUGUGAACUGCGUCAGCGCGCUGCGGCGAGCCGGCACCGGGGGCUCGCGUGACGCGUUCCUAAGGGCGGCGGCGGCGCUGGAGCCGAGGGUCGUGACCGUAGUUGAGGAGGAGGCGGACUUCGCCGGCGUCGGCGAAUUCGCGGAGUCCUUCGAAGAGUGUCUGCGCUUCUACGGCGCCUAUUUCGACAUGCUGGAGGAGAGCUUCCCGGCGACGAGCAACGAGAGACUUGCUCUGGAGAGGGAGAGCUUCCGGAGCCUCGUGGGGGUGCUGGCCUGCGACGGCCGAGGCCCCGACAGGGUGGACCAUGGCGAGCGGAGGGAGAGAGGGAGGCAGUGGUGCCGGCGGUUGGAGCGAUGCGGCUUCCAGAGGUUCGGCUUCAGCGACGACGUCGUCGACGACUUGAAGGCGUUGCUGAGGAGGUACCGGCCUGGGUGGUCGCUGCUUCCGGCUGAGGGGGAGGCGUCGGGGAUGUACCUAACAUGGAAGGAGGAACCGGUCGUGUGGUCUUGUGCUUGGAAACCUAAAUAA